AUGAUUUGCUCGACUCGACACUGUUCUUACGAAGCACAACCUGAAGAAUCGUCCAGGAUCUGCAGUAUGGAUGAAAGUGGGUUUUCAGAUGAUCCGGGACGAUGUGCAGUGAUUGUCAAGCGCUCAACAAAAUGUGCGACGUCAUCUCAUUCUGGUACCGGAAAAAGUCAUUCGACUGUUCGCAUGUGUUCAUCGGCCGCUGGCGAGUAA